ACGGGAUAGUCCCUUGGUUAUUACGAGACAUGGCUGGAUACGACACUUGUCAUUUUUGUAAGCUUCCGGGUCAUUUCAUCAGAGAGUGUCCUUUUCGAGGACAGCCUAACGGCGCCGAGAUGGCUGCGCGCAUUCAGGGAUCAUUGGGAGGAGGCGGAAGGAGUGAUGGGGGCGGGUUGCUGCCAGCGCCUAGUUCUUCGAACGCGAUCGUACCAUACGUUGCGCCGCAGAACAAGGGAUAUGCUAACAGCAAUUACAACGGUGGGCAGGACAAUGGCGGGCAGCGUUAUUCGAGACCCUGGAAUGGUGGUUAUCGAGACCGGGAGCGUGACAGGGAUGAGAAGAUUGAUAGGUUAUAUGCGYUGAUGUCUGAGCAAAUUGAGGAGCAGGAAAAGCAGAAGCACGAGGCCGCUAAGCUUGAGCUUCUUCAGGAAGAGAAGAAGAGGCUUCAGGCGGAAGAAGACAAAUGGAUCCAAGCUGCUAAAGACCGGGAGCAGCAGGAGGCUAGACUGGGCCAUAUCGUACGUAGCAGUGUGAAGGCGGUGUGUGAAUCGGCCUUGGGGCGGAAGGUCGAUAUUCCCGAGGACGAGGACGAGGAGGUUGUCAAGCUUAGGAAGGAGGAGAAGGAAGCUCUACUCAAGAAGAAGGAUUUAGAGAGUGAGCAGGAGCGUCUCCGACAGGAGAUUGCCGAGUUGAAAAGCCGACAGGAAAAAGGGAAAGGGAGUCACGAUGUGGGAAAGGAGGAUGGGUUGCUGGCCAUGCAACUACAAAUUCAGGAACUCAACACGAUCAGAUCUGCGCUAGAAGAAAAGAACGCAGAGCUAUCAUCCUUGAAGACGGAAAACAGUUAUCUGAGGAAGGAGUUUCGGGAAUUACGAGAAGAAGUGGUACUGAUACGGGGGAAGAGGGACGCGCCCGUUGUCACUGAGAGCAGCCCUCUUGAGGAGCCAGCAAAGGGGAAGCAGAAAGCGGAUUCAAAAUCUACUGCUAUGUACACCCCUAAGGAUCUAGAAGCGCUGCAAAAAUCGUAUAAGCAGGCACUGGCCGCGAAGGAGAUGGCGUUAAGAGAGGCUGAGAUGGCAAAGGAACGGAUGGCAAGGAUGGGUGUCUCCCGUAUUCAGCUUACAGCAAGGAAGGCUUUAGCUAGGAAGACCACGCCUAGGAAUUUGAGAACUAGCUUCCAGGCGGUGGAGGUUGGAUCGGACGAGGAGGAAGAGGAACAGGAAGGGGGCUUGGUAGCAGGCAAGGCAAAGACGCGGCCCAUUGUGGAAGUUGCGCAUGAUUUGGAGGAAACCCGGAUGAACAAAUUCCGGGAGGUACGGAUGAAGGAGAUGCGUCAGGCAAGGAAGGCGGAUAUGGAGAUUGCAUGUGCGGAGGAGGGAAUCAGCUACAUCAAAUUGGACCAAGCAAGGACGGACGUCGCUGAGAUCAGAGCCAGACGGGACUUUGACGGCUGGCUUAAAGACAGGGAUCGGAAAGAAGGGUCGGAGCCGGAUAAAGACGAGGACGAUCCUGAGCAGAGCUACGCUACCUCCACAGAAGACGUUCACGAGGGGUGAGGACACUUCCUGAGCGCGUCCAAUCUUUGAGAG